CUAGACAGCGCGGUCCUAGGUGGAGACUAGAGUGUAUACAUACUUUGAUAAUUAGAUAAUGAGAGAAACCGCACAUUAAUCUAGAUAUGGAGUUGAUACAGAUAACCACGUGUUUCUCGUUUACAGAUUUAUACAGGAUUCAUGUGUAGAGUGAGUUUCAAUUUUGGCUAGUACUACAGACUCCCUGCAUGCUUACAUGUGUUUGACUAUGGUACCGUAUACUGUGCACUGCUGGACGCUGAGAGCAGGAUCAGUGGCACGUGCUCGAACGUGGUACGUGUACUGUACGAUAAAUCAAGAGGGCGACUAAUAACUUAUCGGGGAAGUCACUAGACUCGAGUGAGUGCGGCGCAGCAAGUCUAGUGUGUAGUCGCGCGCUUGCGCGAGGAUUGAAGUUUGUAGGCGGUACCGCAGAGAUGAGAGUUUGUACGAAAGCCUGAUCGUCGAUAGAUGCUCGGCUGCUUUGCCAUCACGCAUGCGUGGACGUUGAAACAGCUGCUUUCGAUUACGCAUGCGUGGACGUUUUGUAUGAAAAGUAAUUGUGCGUAACAAGACAUGAUUGCCGGCUGCUUUGCCAUCACGCAUGCGUGGACAUUGUUUUGUAUGAAAUGUUUUAAUGCGCAACAAGACAUGAUUGCCAUGCUGCUCUGAAGUAUUCAAAGACUGUGUCCCACUGCUUGACUUGAUUUGUGAGUUAAGUUACUAUACAUUGCUGCGCCGCUCUGCUGAUAGUUUUUGGUGACUUCCCUGUGUGACAGUCGUACUAAUGGAUAUUGAGUUGUUCUUCCUUGCUGUCAUAAUAUAUGUACAGAUAUAUGUAGUGUGGUAACGUCCCGUCGACUUGGCCGAUGAACAGCGAGGGUAGCGCGGCCUGCGGUGUGCUCACUGUUGGGUAUGGACAACACAUUUUUUCAUUCUAAGAUGGCCGCUAGAGCAGACUUGAAUAGACAACUGUUUGAUGCCGUCACGAGGAACGACGUUGAAACAUCGCUAUCUUUGCUUGACAACGGAGCCGAUGCGAAUGCCAGUGUUGCUCUGUUUGGACGUAAAAGUCGAACAAACCUGGCUCAAGCGUGUGAGUAUGGUCACAAAGCGGUUAUUGAGUUGCUGCUGAAGAGAGGAGCUGCCAUAAACGAAGCCACGAGUCCUGAUGGCAGCACGGCUCUCAUCAUUGUCAUCAAACGUGGAUUCAGAGAAGAUCUUCUCGAACUGCUUCUCUUGCGAGGAGCAGACAUCAACAAGAAAGACAAUAAGGGUCUGACAGCUAUGCACUGGGCUGCCAUGAUCAACAGCUCGAGCGUUGUGAAUCGUUUGAUGAGAUAUGGUGCAACUGUCGACAUUGCGGACAACGAGGGAUGCACGCCGCUGUGGUAUGCUGCCUGCAAUGUCCAACUGGAUUGUAUUCGUCGACUUCUGUCUCUUGGAGCGAGCCCUCAUCGGAGAUGCUCGUCAGGGAGAUCACCAUUACACAUGUGUGCUGAAGGUUCAAACGAUGCUUUGGAAUGCUCUCACGUUCUCUUGGAGUUUGGGGCCUCUCCUCAUUUGACGGACAAACUAGGCCGGACGCCUGCCGACGUUGCACUAAAGAACGACGUGAGGCAGUUGCUAGAGUCAUGGCAAGGGCGUGUCCGUUCUCUUCAGUUGCAAAUUAAGACUUUCUUGGUUCAAGAGUAUUCGAGAACGCAGCUGAUGCAGACACCUUUACCUCGCAGUUUACGGCAAUGGGUGAUGUCUUGAGAUAUCGACUCGCUGACUUUGUGUUGCACUCGGACAUGUACAUCUAUUACCACCUGUUGUAGUAUACAUCUUAAUUUCGUUAAUUAAUACAUGCAAUGAAGGAAAUGUGUUAACAUGGAAUCAUACUUUA